UAACACGUCGUUUUAUUUAUCUGAGAAAAACAUACCUUUUUUAUUCAGCUGAACCGCAUCAAGCAGUCUACAUUGGCUUCUCACAGAGGGGCGCUGUUUCGCUUGCUCGGAUGCUUUAUGGGGGGGGGGGAUUCUGCCGGCUUACAUCUCAUGUUUACAUAUUUUAUUUGGACUGGAAAGGAACAGCAGACCAGGCCCCGUAAGUCCCGCCCAUGGCGCCGGGCUUACUCUUGCUGCGCCCAUAGCCUACACAGAAAAUGAUUUUCCCGCACUGAAGGCUUGAAGUGACGUACUUCCUUCUCCAUAAAUGGGUUUGCAUGCGACUGAUGCCAGGAAGAGCUGAAAAAUAAUAGAUUGCCUUCGGAGUUUCAGACUUCUACACAGGUGUAAUUUAAACUUUCGUGUGAGCUGGCCAGGUUCAAGUUGUAGCAAUGUUGCACCCGUCACAAUCUUCGUUUUGAUGUAGAACAUCCUGUGGCACAACUUCAAGUUCGCCUUCCAUCCCACAAGGUUUCAAAAGUGCUGCUCUCUGGACAGACAGAGCAGAUGAACCCUUGGCAAACGGAUACAUUUUAAAGAUUAUACUUUGGCCAAAGCAGAAGUGGAAAGUGUACUGCAAAUUCAGGUGGUGAUAUGAGCAAGGCCAGAUCCAGCUGUGACAAGAGGGCCUCUCAGGAGCGGGCAUUCACCAGGGUGACUCGCAACUCUACCUCCCAGACCAGGCCUACAGAGACACCUCCACCCCAGCACUUUGGACCUGGCUCACAUGGGAGCCAGCAGAAGAAGCAGACUGACUCUGCCCUGCCUCUGGUCCAGGAUCUCAGUCUGAUGAGUGUGAGUGGACAAGACACCUCCUUGUCACGGAAGGUUAAGGGGUCUAAGGGAAGCAGUUGCCCCAACCAGGAGGGAAUGUCGUCUUCUGUCUCUGAGCCCACAGAGAGCUCCCCUGCUGGGCCAACAGUGAAAUCCUCUCCCCGGGGCGGCCUGGCAUCCGUGUCUCGACUGGUGAAGCUGGGCCGCUGCAAGAAUGUGGUGGUUGUGGCUGGGGCAGGCAUCAGUACGGCCAGCGGCAUCCCAGACUUCAGAACUCCUGGAACGGGGCUUUAUGCCAACCUGGCCAAAUAUAACAUACCCUACCCAGAGGCCAUCUUCAACAUCGACUACUUCUCCAACGACCCUCGGCCCUUUUUCUCCCUGGCCAAGGAGCUCUACCCAGGCAGACACCGACCCAACUAUAUCCACUACUUUAUCCACAUGCUGCACCACAAGGGCCUCCUCCUCCGCAUGUACACCCAGAACAUUGACGGCCUGGAGAAGAUAAGUGGAAUCCCAGACGAUAAGCUUGUGGAGGCCCAUGGGAGUUUUGCAACUGCUUCCUGUCACCUCUGCUACACCCCAUUCCCCGCGCAGGAGGCAAAGAGUUCCAUAAUGAGUGACAAGGUCCCUGUCUGUACUUUCUGUCAGGCCACAGUCAAACCAGACAUAGUGUUCUUUGGAGAGGACCUUCCUGAGAAGUACUUUCUGCAUUCAAAGGACUUCCCUAAAGCUGACCUACUCAUUGUAAUGGGCACUUCUUUACAGAUCGAGCCCUUUGCCAGCCUUGUAAACACAGUGAGGUCCACCGUGCCGCGGCUGCUGCUAAACCGGGACGCAGUGGGUCCCUUUCAGAAGGUGCCCUUAAAGAAGGGCGACUACAUGGAACUAGGAGACCUGGUGGACACCGUUAGGAGGUUUGCUGAAAUCCUAGGGUGGCACUCUGAGAUCCAAGACCUGAUGGCUGGUCGUGAGAAUGGGACCAUCCUCACCAGCAGUUUUCCAGCAAGCAGUGUUCUAUCUAGAAAUGUCCGGGGACGAGGGCCCACUCAGACCAAAACCACCGGCUUGGGAAGGAGAGGGGCUUCCGAGCCCCGAGGGAGGAUUCCUCCAAAGUCCAGACCAGGGGCACGGGGUCCCAGCAGUAGCAGUGAGAAGAGCGAUUCGGAGACUGACAGUAAGAGCACGGUGUCAACAGUUUCGUCCAGCCCAAGUAACUGAGAUUGAGGAUGACCCCAGGGUGUGAAAUGUCUUGGGGCUUGUUUACAUUAUGCUACAUUUUUGGAGACAUAUCAAAGAAGACGGGAGACACUAGAUUAUUUCAUUGUGUUAACUUGCAGAUAUCGACAGCUUCACCUUCUGAAGUAACAUGCGGCUUAUUUUCAGUGUAACCCCCUUGGGAGUUUUCCAAAUUUGAAGGCAACUGCGUCAGAACUGUGUCAAGGGUUUGUGCAGUGUGCACAUCGCUCGGUUGUCACCCGGUUGACGGCCACAAUCCUGCGUGGUACUUCUCGAAUAUGCCGGUGUAAAUGCAAACACUGUGGAAAUAAUUUAUGCAAACUAAGAUAAGUCUAUCUAGUAUUUUAUUCUCAUAUUGUAAACAAGCCCCAAGUGGGGCGCAUGCAGUUAAGGGAUUGGUUUGGCUGCGGGGAAGAGGUUGAAGUUUGACCUGCUGAGUGUGCAGUGCUCUGCUGUGUAUUUCAACAGGCAGUCACUAAGGUCUCUGCCCAUCAACAAAGGACCCAGCAUUAUUUGGUGUGCAUUUCUUAGUGAUCCAAUUGUAUUUGUGUGGAAGAGAAGUGUAUUGUGAGUUUGCUCAAAGUGACUGGUUCCAUACUCUGUUAAUGUUGGCCAAA